AUGCGAUGCGCGAGCAAGGCUGCCGAGAGCGCGUCCGCACGUCUCUGUGCGGACGCCGAAGCAGAAACAACAGCAACUGAUGUCUCAUCGGUUGCUGAAGCGACCCAGCCUGUGUCACUUGGUGAUGCAGGCGCUGGUCAUGAAGACACUCGUGUCUUCACAGAAUACGAGCUCGGUGUCUCGUACUCUCCUGAUACGGAUGACGGAUCCGUAUCGACGGCGAUUGAAUCUAAGCCGCCUGCCAAGCGUGGCAUGGACGAUGCUAUGCGUCGCAGCAUCUUUGGUUCAUCUGAUUCAUCAGAUGAACCAUCGCCGAAGCGAAAGCGCUCGAGAUCGCGAGACUCGGGCGCUAAUAGUGGUGUCGGUUUACCUAUGGACACCACUUCGCAACGAGGUGCCAGUACUUCUGUCGGCACGUCGCAGGAAGAGCGGGACCGCAAUGUCUUGCGUCUCGCUCCAGAAAAGAAGGCAUGGAUGCCUCCUAAAUCUGUCAUGGUUCACUUGUCGGCGACGACGAGUGAUCGUUAUCGAACACGGUUGUUCGAUUCGUCAAAGAUCCAUCACCUUGACCCCAGCGCGAAGAACUAUCGCGCUGAGAAUGAAUUGUUCAUCGAUGCUUUCUUUAGACAUCGAUAG